CUUCCGAAUAAUCCAUUUUCAGGGGAACGAAAAUGGGACGAUCUCGAAUAGAUGCGCUCAUCUCCGUGUUCGUUACAGUGCACCCGCACGAGACCUCGGCCCUGUUCCACUCCUUCUUCUGCUUCUUCUUUAUUUUGAGUGCCUAUUUUGUGGUUCUUCCGUUGCGGGAUGAGGGGGCCAUCUCCUUAGGCUUGUCAAAUUUGCCUGGUCUAUUUGUGGGAUCUUUACUGCUCACUCUAAUUGCAGCGCCUGUUUCAACCCUCAUAUUCUCUCUACCUAAUCUUUCCAAAAACAAGGCUUUGGUUUUGAUACAUAGGUUUUUUAGUGUAUCACUUGUACUGUUCUUUUUCCUAUGGCGCUCCUCAUCAGCUGGAUAUUCAGCCUCCAAAUUGAUGGAGCCCACAGCCUUGACUUUAUCCUUAAAACAUGAAGGUAAGGUUGAUGACCAAGGCAACUUUUCAUCUUCAACAGGUUGGGGAAACCAUGGAUGGUUCUAUAUCACUGUUCGAAUAGGAUUGUUUCUUUGGGUUGCUUUGCUUAAUCUGAUUACAAUUUCUUCAACUUGGGCUAGGGUAAUUGAUGUGACGGACAGUGAGUCAGGUUCAAGAUUAUUUGGGUUUAUUGGUGCUGGUGCCACACUUGGCCAGCUUUUUGGGUCAUUAUUUGCGACAGGAAUGGCUUGGUUGGGCCCAUUUCUGCUUUUGUUUGCUGCAUUGUUAAUGGAAUUAGCAGCACAAUCUUCAAAAGGGAUAAAUAUGCACAUGUUCCAUCUCCAAGAGGAAUUAACUCCCAUCAGAGAAGCUGAUCCUGACCAUAAAAAUGAGGUGCAUGAGAAGAGUGAGCAUACUGUCGGAAGUUCUCCAAAGUCAUCUACUUCUGCAGCAAAGCUACAAAUUUGGGCCAUUUUAGAUGGCCUCAGGCUUAUACUGUCAUCAACUUAUCUGUUGCACGUGUCAUUAUUCCUCUGGCUGAGUGCAGUUAUCUCUUCAUUUUUCUAUUUUCAGAAAGUCACAGUGAUUGCCGCAACAGUUACCAGCUCUGUUGGGAGAAGAAGAUUGUUUGCCCAAAUAAAUAGCUUUAUUGCUGUUUUUAUCCUUGUUGGACAACUAACCUUAACGGGGCGCAUUCUAACUGUUGCUGGGGUGACUAUAGCUAUUUGCUCUGCUCCUUCUGUUGGCUUUUUAAAUUUGGUUGCUCUAUUUAUCUGGCCAACUUGGGUGGUUGUUGCUAUUUGUGAGACGCUUAGGAAGGUUGUUUCGUAUGUUGUGACGAGGCCUGCUAGAGAACUUCUAUUCACUGUAGUGUCACAGGAUGAGAAAUACAAAGCAAAAGUAUGCAUAGAUGUGUUUGUUCAAAGACUUGGAGAUGCUACAGCAGCUGGAAUGUACAAGCUGCUACUUGGAGCUGUUGAUGGGAAAACAUCAGCCGUUUCCCUUUAUGCCCUGCCUUUGUGUUCAUUGUGGAUAGUCACGGCAUUUUAUUUGGGUCAUCGGCAAGAACAACUUGCAAAGCCCCAGACUUCCUCCGCUUCAUAGAAUUCUUUGGAGGGUACAUCUACUGUUGCUGCUAUAUACAUAAUCAGUGAAUCUAAUGUGCAAUACUUUAGUCAUGAUACAUGUGAUGAAUGUUUAGAUAGUUGAAAAGUCCUUGCUAUCAAAGUUAAUUUCUGCAUACUCUGUGAUCCUUGAUUGGUCCAGAUGCAUAGAAUGCGAAAAUUGACUAUAGCUGCGAAAAGAAGUGCUUGGUAUCCCUGCAAGUAUCUCGCUCUCCAUGUGAGUAAGAUUGGCUUUAUCAUGUAUGCGCUUCUGAGAUUCUUCUUUUUCAAUUGAGAAGGAUCCCCACGAGGAAGCCAAGGUAGAUUUUGGGUUAGGUUGAUUGUACUGUACAUAUAUAUGUUGAUUUAACAUACCUUCAGAGGCAGAUCUAUUUCCUAAUGUCCUAUUAACAAGGGAGCUUCAGCUUUAGGAUAUCUCACUGCAGACCAGGCAUUGUUAUCCGAAGAAGUCCAGAAUUAUGAGGAGUAAUGGAUAAGACAAAUCUAAUAUAUUUCCGGUUUUUUAUUCAUUACAUCAGAAAUUUGAUAUUGCCUUCUGUACAUGAUCAAAGAAUCUCCCUCCUCUUUCGUUAUAGACUCUUGACACAGAGAAGCCUGUAGCUGGCCAGUCAUGUACAAUUUUUACUGAUCAAUUAUUAACGAAAAUCCUGUGACGGCAGCUUGGCAAUUAUCAAAUCAUAUUUGGUCAUAAAAUAAGGAAA